ACUGCGCAUGCGCGGCUCAGGGAUUGCGCAGCGCGACGAUCGGCGGUGCGCUGUCCCCCUCAGACAUCGUGGAUCACUGAUCACGGAAAGAGCCAAAGAUAUCAGCUCGGUCAUGUGAUCAGCUGUUUCCAAUCACAGCUGAUCACAUCUGUCAUGCUGACAACUCGAGAGGAGAGCCAGUAUGAUCAGUGUGCCCUGAUGAUCAGUGUAGCCCCAGCAGUGCCACCUGUCAGUGUCCAUCAGUGCCUUAUGUCAGUGCUCAUCAGUGCCUCGUGCCAUGUGCCACAUCAUUGCCACAUAUCAGUGCCUACCAGUGCACAUCAAUGCCACAUAUCAGUGCCCAUCUGAGCUGCUUUUCAGUGUCACCCAUCAGUG